AUGCGCUACGCCGACCCUUCGGCCAACCGCGACCUGCUGGGGAACCGAACUUUGCUCUUUAUCUUCAUCUGCGCCUUCGCCUUGGUGACCUUGCUGCAACAGAUCCUGUACGGGAGGAACUACAUCAAGAGAGACCUCCAGUCUGGCUGGCAGAGUGACGACCCACUGGCCAAUUGGACGGGGUUCUUUAAUGUCACCGAUGACCAAGCAGUGCAGAGCGGCAGUGACUCCAGCUCCAGGUACUUUGAAUUUUACAAGGGGCCCUUUGAGUAUAAUUCCUCGCGAUGCCUGGAGCUGAGGAACGAGAUCCUGGAUGUGAAGGUGCUGUCCAUGGUGAAGCAGUCGGAGCUGUUCGACAGGUGGAAGAGCCUUCAGAUGUGCAAGUGGGCGCUGAACGUCACGGAAGCCAACCACUUCAAGUCCACUCUGACCAGGUGCUGCAACGCCCCCUCCUUCCUCUUCACCACCCAGAAGAACACGCCCCUGGGGACGAAGCUCAAGUAUGAGGUGGACACCAGCGGCGUCUAUCACAUCAACCAGGAGAUCUUCCGCAUGUUUCCCAAGGCGAAGCCCAGUGUCGCUCGCUGCAUUACGGGCACACUGGCCAGACGUGGGAGUGCGGAGGAGGUGCCGGAGGUGGUGAUGUCGAACAGGAUGGAGGCGGAGUGUGACUCUCUUCACACACCUGGGUCUUGCCAGGCCAAGGACACAGCCGUCCACUGCAUCUCAGGUGGUCAAGGCCGGUGCAAUCUACCCCCCAUCUCAGAGAAGUACAGUGCGGAUGUGGGGGUGAAGACGGAUGUGGUCACCGUGAACCCCAGCAUCAUCACAGACAGGUUCCACAAGCUGGAGAAGUGGCGGCGGCCUUUCUUCCGCGUGCUGCAGGUCUACCCGAACGCAUCGGUGCUGCUGCCGGCUUUCUACAACACGCGCAACACCGACGUGUCCAUCCGCGUCAAGUACGUGCUGGACGACUUCGAGUCGCCGCAGGCUGUCUACUACUUCCACCCUCAGUACCUGGUCAACGUGUCGCGCUACUGGCUCAGCCAGGGCGUGCGUGCCAAGCGCAUCAGCACCGGCCUCAUCCUGGUCUCGGCGGCGCUCGAGCUCUGCCAGGAGGUGCACCUCUUCGGCUUCUGGGCCUUCCCCAUGAACCCCUCGGGGCUCUACAUCACGCACCACUACUACGACAACGUCAAGCCCCGGCCGGGCUUCCACGCCAUGCCCUCUGAGAUCUUCAACUUCCUGCACCUGCACAGCCGCGGCAUCCUCCGUGUGCACACGGGCACCUGCAGCUGCUGCUGAUGGACCGCCUCCCACUCCCCCCUCCUGGCGGGGGCUGGAACUGCAGGCCAGGUAGUGAGAGGACCUUGUGUGGAGGGUGCCCCCAGCCUCAGUGUUCGGCUUCGUGCUGGGGUCCCAGGGGCUCCCCCGGCAGCAAGGGUGGGAGUCGCCAGGGCAGAGGCAUUGCUGGACUGCGUUUCCUGGGGCUCCAGCCGUUGGGAGCAUGCUGCUGGACGGCACCCUUUUCAGGGGAUCCCCGGGGCUGCCCGUGACUAAAGCACAUUUCCACCCUCUUUGAGCCAUCCUGCGAGCACAACUGUAGCGGCCUGCUCUCCCUGCAGGUGCGGAACGCGGAGACGGGACUUUGGAGCAUAGUCAGGCCUGAUUUCAGACUUUUCGGGUUCCUGACCUUCCUACUGAGGCCUCAGCCACGUCUUGCUGUCCUGAGUGCUUCCUGGUCAACCCAGAGGCCAGCUCUUUUCUGCAGAACAAGAGGGACUCAGAGCGGCUGGCCUUGGGGGCAUAGCUCCAGGCUAAGUUUGGUCCCGGCUGCCAUGAAUUAGGAUCAACUGGCUAGGACACCCACCUUGCCCUGCAGACACUUCCUGGGACACCCCAGUUGCUGUCCUGGUGCCUCCAGGCCCAGUCGGCCUUGGCUGUUUUGAUGAGAAGGAAAUAAACCAUACCAGCCAUUUA